UCCAUCUUAGUAACGCAAGUGAAUAUAAUGAAAUGAAAGUUAAAGUUCAAAUAAAACAUACUACUAAUUGUAUUCAGUUCUUAGAGCUCUUCCAAUGUGAAUACAUUCCGUUGUUUAAGGAGACAGAUAGUGAAAUAUAUUAGAAAAGGGGGAUCUUGCUGAAGAAUAUCAAUUUUUCAUCUCUGGGUUCUCUGCAUCUUUACCAAGAAUCAGGGACAGAGAAGACGAUAAUGACAAGAAAGUGGUUGCAGAGAUCAUGGCAAGAUGUUUUAUUCCAACUCUAGUCACAGCCACCUCCUGGGAGGAAUUUCAUUUUGUUGGUCAUGAGAUUCGAAUAACUGAAGCCAUGGAUUGUUAUGGUGCUGUUGUUUGGCCAUCGGCCCUUGUUCUAUGCUAUUUUCUGGAAACAAAUGUAAAACAGUACAAUAUGAUUGACAAAAAUGUGAUUGAAAUUGGAGCUGGAACAGGGCUAGUUUCCAUUGUGGCAAGUUUACUAGGUGCACAUGUGACUGCCACAGAUUUACCUGAAUUACUUGGAAACCUGCAAUAUAAUAUUUCCCGAAACACCAAAAUGAAAUGCAAGCAUUUGCCUCAGGUUAAAGAACUCUCUUGGGGCAUAGCUUUAGACAAGAACUUCCCUAAGUCUUCCAACAAUUUUGACUACAUUCUGGCGGCUGAUGUUGUCUAUGCUCAUCCUUUCCUGGAAGAACUUCUCAUUACUUUUGACCAUCUGUGCAAAGAAACUACCAUCAUCCUCUGGGUUAUGAAAUUCAGAUUAGAGAAAGAAAAUAAAUUUGUAGAUAGGUUUAAGGAGUUGUUUGACCUGGAGGAGAUUUCUAGUUUCCCUAGCCUGAAUAUUAAGUUGUAUAAAGCUAUAAAAAAAAAUAGAAGGAGUGCAUGAUAUCCUCAAAGGUGGACUUGGAAAGCAAAGGCAGACUUGGAAAGCAAAGGCAAUAUUAGUAGAUUAUGACUUUAAAGAAGACCAUGGAUAAUCUGAUAUAGCAUUGACUUUCCCAAAAGGGAACACACACACACACACACACACACAAACACUUUUGUUACACCACAGUUAGGGGUUUUCUGAGAUAGUGCAUAUGGGUCUGGAGGAUGGCAAAACCAUACUAUGUGGUUAUUGGUUAGGAAAAUGUCUGCUUUCCUUAUCCCUCCCUCCAUAUCACCAUUUAUUAUUAUGGUCAUUUUAAUACAUAGUACAAUUAUUGUUACUUUUAAUGUGUGACUAUAUAAUACUGGUUUUUAAUAAUGACAUCUCUAAAAUAAAUAUUCUUAUUGUUUUGAACAUAAGCUCAUAUGAUUCUCUCCUUAGAAAUAAAAAAUGGACUAUACUGGGAUCUGCAAAUAAGUCUGAAAAGGCAAAUACAUAAUAUAAUGGUAAAUGUUAGAUUAUUGUGGUUUUUGUUAGACUGCCAACUUAUAGGCAGUCUAUCAUUUCUUCUUGGCAGGGUGGUCCUCCAGCACAACCUCUGAAAUCAAUUGAGCUUGUGGAUUUGAGGUUAUAGGCAAAGACAUUUCACUCUAGUAAAGGACAAAGGAGUGGGAGCAAACAUAAAAGCAGUUGGGAUUUUGUAGGAGUUAUUGUCUUAUUUUUAAGCCAAAUGAAAUUAUUAUUUGUUUUAUCACAGAAACGGAAAUAUAAAAACUUUGAGUUGAGAAUACAUGUUAAAAUGUUUAGGUUCUAAUCUCAAAUAACCAAAGGUUAUUCUCGAAAUUUAAAGCUCUUUUAAUGAACACAUAUAGAUCUAGAUAUUUGAAAUCCUAUGUGAUUUUUCAUAUGGGCCUUAAGAGAUUAGAAUAAGUCUGAAGUAAUUAAAAUCAGUGCAAGGAGAGCAAAUAAGAAUUUUUUGCCACGUAACAAGAGUGUAUUGUUGGUAACUACUCUUCAGUGUCCCCUCUAAUGUUUGCUAGGCUAUCAGUGCCCUUGGGGGAUACUUGCUCUCCUAUGCUCAGCCCUUCCUGCUUUGCUGGAAGUUCUCAAACCACUUGGGUUGAGUAUAGCUAAAAAAUUAUUUCCUAGGAAUCCUGAUCUGUAAGCCAGGAUGCAAAUAUGUUCCCAGUGGAAUUUUUGGUAUGUGCAGUUCAUAGGGCCAUCUCUUAAUAAUUCCUAGUAUUUAUGUGGCUCUUUAUAGUUUUCACAGCCUGUUGCAAGCAUAAUCAUUUAAUCCUCACAACCCUUCUAAGAAGUAUAAGUAUUAUCCCUACUUCAUAGACAAAGAAACUGAGGCUGAGAGGGUGAAGUCACUUGUCCAGGCUAUGCAGCUUCAGAGUGGCAGUGAUGGGGCACUCAGGCCCUGGAUUGUGUGAGUCCAGAGCCUGUUCUUUACCAUUGUAUUGCUUUUGCUUAUUUAAAACAAUAAUUUUCACUUUUUUAAGUGAGUAAAGUUGUUUCUUCAAAAUGAAAUCAAUAUCUAGAAAGGUAAUUAAAUACAUUAUGAAAUGAUGAGAACUGGUCCUUUUUAAAUCUUUUCUCUAUUCCUGCUUUAACUGGAUGGUAAGAGUAGCCCAUUUAGAAGGUGACAUUUAAGCAAAGCUGGAAAUUGGUGAGAAAAGUAGCAGUACAGAUAUCUGGAGAGGUAUGUUCCAGGCAGAAGAAUCAGCUAUACAAGCACCAUAAGGCAGGAGCAUGUCAAUACUCAAAGUCAGUGUGCUUGGAGCAGGGUGAGCCAGGGAGACUAUGGAGGGGCUGGAUUGUAUUGGAUUUUUGCUGCAGUCUGGAUACUCUGGAAGCAGACUGAGGCAAAAUUUUGUGUGCAGGUCAUUUGCUAGAGGUUUCUGUUGGAAUCAAAACCUGUGCAAAGGAGCAGAAGCAAGUAGGACAAAAGCAGAGAUCAAUCUGCAAUAAAGGCACAGCUACAGCCUAAGCUGACUCUACCCCCCACAUGGAGUACUGGAUCUAGAGUGGUCUUUCAGAGGUAUCCCAGGUUGGGUUGAGACAUUUGGGCCUUGAUAACCCCAUGUCAUUCAGUCACUGGCUUCCCUGAGAAGGCUCUUUGACCUUGGGUGAAGUGAUUUGUUUCAGUGGACACAAACCCUGAAGACGUUGACAGCUGCAUGCCAUCUCUCAGCAGUGAGGUAAUAAGUCAUUCUGCAGGGGAUCUGGGCAGCACAUCACAGUGUCCACUACACACUUUAAGGUCAUUGGAAGAGCUUUGACUUCUACUCUGGUUCCAAAGGAAUUACUGGAUGCUUUGGAGUAGAAAAGUGUACCAUAUCACUAUAUGUAAGGACCACUCCAAGUGUUGUUUCGAGAGUACUUAUCAAGGUCAAACAGACCUGUUAAGAGGCUGUGGCAGCCUUCCAAGCAAGAGAAGAUGGCAGUUUCUAUCAGGGAAUGUGCCUUGGAAGUGGUGAAAAUGGUCAGUUUUAGAUGUGUUUGGAAAUUAGAGCCAAUAGAACUUCCUACCAUAUUGAAUAUGAGUUUGAGGAGAGAGGAGUCAAGGCUGACUCUUCAGUGUUUGAUCAGAGCUCCUAGACAUAACGUCACAGGCAUAAACUUAGAGAUGGUAAAGCUCAUUCAGGGAGCAAGAGUGAAUACACAGAGAAAAAAGCAAUGACUGAGUCCUGAGGUUGCCUAACAAUAAGAAAUCAGACAUAUCUCUAUCCCAGAUAUUUUUAAAGAUUCUCUUCCCCCACUCCUACCAAAAGUUGUAUUAGUACCUGUUAACUCUGAGAGAUGUAUUUGCUACCACAGUGAUUUUUGAACUGGUCA